CGGCUUUUUCGGAUGAUUUACAAAUUAUACAUCACUUAUUUUUAGAAUUUGCGAAAGUCGUAAUUGCGAAAGUAAAUCUCCACUCUUGUCUCCAUUUGUUUUGUAAAUUCCGUGAAUUUUAUAGCUCGUACUUACGUAGAUCGUGGCCUUUCCCUACCUUGAGCGGUAUCGGUAUUGCACUACACCUGCGCAAACGUAAUUUACGUUCUCUCAGUGUGGCCGCAAGAUCAAGCAGGUACCAGCGAUACGUGCCGAAAUUGCCAGUUUGUAUAAGAUGUUGGAAGCUUUAACUACUUAAAUUUCAAAUACUUUCACCGCGUAUAAUUUGUGUGUCCCCGUUUGAAGUCUCUAAUUUAUGUCUCGUCGUUACAGCGUCCGCGAGUGUCAGUGUAUUGUUUUAUAAGAUUUUAUAUAUUUUUUGUAGCUGCAGGAAAAAUGAGAAAGGAUGGAGCAGACAAUCCAGGUUUUAUUGGCGAUGGUGAUUGUGGCAGAAGCGAAAGGCGGAACUCGAAAGGAAUCCUUGGAACGAAUAACGAUGGAUUUAAUUUUGUUUGCCAGAUGCCUAACGACAGAAAAUUGCCGUUAUCAUUCUCGUCGCUGGAAGAGACGAUUGUCGAGGAAAAAGAAAAGAAACGAGCAACGUGGGGAAACGACAUAGAAUUUUUAAUGUCGUGUAUUGCUAUGUCCGUUGGACUUGGCAACGUUUGGAGAUUCCCAUUCACCGCUUACGAAAACGGCGGUGGCGCUUUUUUAAUCCCAUAUAUCUUCGUGCUUUUCGUAGUGGGAAAACCGUUUUAUUAUCUGGAGAUGAUAAUGGGUCAAUUUACUAGCAGUUCCUCUGUGAAAAUAUGGUCCGCCGUGCCAGGAUUCCGCGGUGUCGGCUGGGCACAAACGUAUUCGAUAGUUGCUGUCGGUACUUAUUAUUGCUCGCUGAUGUCGAUUAGUUUAUUCUAUCUCGCGAAGAGUUUUUCGUCGCAGCUUCCAUGGUCUACCUGUUUAGAGGAAUGGGGAGACAGUUGUAUAAAUUCGUCUAGCGUGGAUAACAUCAUCGUGCGUCAUAAUACCACCGUGGUGUUGAUGAGAAGUUCCGCUGAACUAUAUUUCACGAAAACAGUGCUGAAAGAGAAAGAAAACAUCGAUGAUGGAGUGGGCCUUCCAAAUUGGAAGCUGACAGUUUGCCUUUUAAUCGUAUGGGGCUGUAUCUGCGGAUUAAUAGCUCGCGGCGUAAAAAGCUCAGGGAAGGCUGCUUAUUUCCUUGCUAUUUUUCCGUAUAUCGUGAUGAUUUGUUUGCUGAUUAGAGCAGUGACUUUGGAAGGUGCCGUAAACGGAAUUGUUUUCUUCAUUAAGCCCGACUUUAAGAAACUGUUCGAGGCGGAUGUUUGGUACGCUGCUGUCACACAGUGUUUCUUUUCACUGUCGGUUUGCUUCGGUGGUGUAGUCAUGUAUUCAUCUCACAACAACUUUAACCACAAUAUUUACAGAGAUGUUAUUGUUGUGACCACGCUGGAUACAUUAACGAGUUUGUUAGCGGGUUUCACUAUCUUUGGUAUGCUUGGUAAUCUAGCGCACGAACUUGGCACUGAUGACAUAAGUAGUGUAGUACGAAGCGGUACUGGUCUUGCUUUUAUUUCAUAUCCGGAUGCUAUAGCAAAGUUUAAUGUUUUGCCACAGCUGUUUUCUGUGCUUUUCUUCUUAAUGUUAUACGUCCUAGGAAUUGGUAGCGCCGUCGCGUGUAUCGGUGCUAUCAAUACUAUUAUUUGCGAUCAAUUUCCAACGUGGAAAUAUUGGUACGUGGUUAUUGGAACGGCUGUGAUUGGUUUCUUGGCCGGUAAUCUUUAUUGUACACCUGGCGGCCAAUUCAUCCUAGGUCUUGUGGAUUUCUACGCGGGAUCAUUUAUAAUCUUUUUCUCAGCUGCGUUAGAGAUGAUUGGCAUAUUCUGGAUAUAUGGAUUGGAGAACUUUUUAGAUGACGUCGAGUAUAUGUUACAGAGACGUCCAUCGAUAUAUUGGAGGAUUUGUUGGGCGGUGGUUACACCGUUGUUGCUCACAGGAAUUUUAAUUUAUACUCUUAUCAAUUUAAAGCCGCUGACUUAUGGCAAUAUACCCUAUCCGUCUACCGCACAUGUUGCUGGUUGGACGUUAUUUACUUUUGGCGUGCUACAGAUUCCAUUUUGGAUGUUUUAUAAAAUAUUAUCAAAAAGAAACUUGGGAUUGCACGAGAUGUUCAAGGCGGCCUUUAGACCUUCCUCCGAGUGGGGUCCAAAAAAUCCUGCACAUAUGGCAUCCUGGCGCGAAUUUAAAGAGGUGAUGAAUAAAAAACGCGAAAAGCGCAACUACUCGCGAAUAAAACAAUUUAUUUAUGUAAUUUUUUGUUUAGAACACAAACUUGUCUGACCAUAUAUAUUAUCUUAGUAUUUUAUGUCAUAAAAUGCUGUAUAAAAGUAGCAACGUUCAGUUCAACGAGCUUGUGUUUCAAUUGGAAAUUCACAAUGGUAGUUUUGUUCAUAUUUGACCCAUUUAUUCAUGUUGAUAAUAUUAACAGUUCAUGUUAAUACAACAAUGCUCUAGUGACUGUUAGAAAUCUGUUGAUCUUUCCACUAAUAUAUAUGCACACAGGUCUGCGAUACAUAUCUGCAGUACAAAUAUUUGAUUAUUUAUUUAGUACACACACAUACACACAUAUGUACGUAUAUGUACAUAUAGAAC